AUGGCAUCGGCAGCUGUGAUGGAUCCGUUCACGGAUAAAGCUGCUAUCAGAGAACAUAAAAUGGCUGCUCUUCGAGAUUAUAAUACUCAACCAAGGCUGAGUUACAAAACAGUGAGUGGCGUGAAUGGCCCUCUGGUAAUUUUGGAUGAUGUGAAGUUUCCUCAGUUUGCUGAAAUCGUUCUGCUUACUCUGCCAGAUGGUACCAAGCGAACCGGCCAAGUGCUCGAAAUAUCCGGCUCGAAAGCAAUCGUACAGGUUUUUGAGGGAACUUCCGGAAUCGACGCUAAGAACACAAUUUGCGAGUUCACUGGCGAUAUAUUGCGCAUUCCUGUCUCAGAAGACAUGCUUGGUCGCAUUUUCAACGGCUCAGGAAAACCGAUUGACAGAGGACCGCCGGUUUUGGCUGAGGACAAUUUGGAUAUCAUGGGCAUAUUGUUGGUCAUAAGUGACAUCGCUGCUCAGAUUUGCCGACAGGCUGGUCUCGUGAAGUUCAGCGGCAAAGACGUGGUGGAUCAGGAAGAAAACUUUGCCAUCGUGUUUGCAGCGAUGGGCGUUAACAUGGAAACAGCGCGUUUUUUUAAGCAAGAUUUUGAAGAGAACGGCUCCAUGGACAACGUUUGUUUGUUUCUCAACCUGGCGAACGAUCCGACGAUCGAACGUAUCAUCACCCCUCGACUUGCGUUGACCACCGCUGAAUUCCUGGCAUACCAAUGUGAGAAGCACGUUCUGGUCAUUUUGACAGACAUGAGUUCGUACGCUGAAGCUCUGCGCGAGGUGUCUGCUGCUCGCGAAGAAGUACCCGGACGACGUGGAUUUCCUGGUUAUAUGUACACGGAUUUGGCGACAAUAUACGAAAGAGCGGGCCGUGUAGAGGGGCGUAAUGGAUCGAUAACCCAGAUCCCCAUUUUGACAAUGCCCAAUGACGGUAAAAGGCCAGAUCUAUGUCGACCGUCAAUCUACCCACCCAUAAAUGUUCUACCUUCGUUGUCGAGAUUAAUGAAAUCUGCUAUUGGCGAAGGAAUGACCAGAGAAGAUCAUGCAGAUGUCUCAAAUCAGUUGUAUGCUUGCUACGCUAUCGGAAAAGAUGUGCAGGCGAUGAAAGCUUUUCUAUCCAAGUUUGAAAAAAAUUUUAUCUCUCAAGGUAAAAUUUGUUUUCACAGCUUAUUGAAUUAUUUGCUGGUACGUGACAAAAAAAUUCUUCGUAUAACUAAGAUUAAUAUUAAUAAGUGA